UUACGGAAGUAUUAUCGAUGCACAUGCGUGCUGCGCGCUUCAAUAUAAAUUGCACGCUUUCUGAGCUACUUUUGUGAUUAUUUAAGUUAACUAAUUUGUUUUAAUUGUGUGCAAUGGAAAGCGACAUACUUGAUGGACUUGAUCAAGUCGGCUACAGUGUUUCCCUUGAGGAAAAGGCACUUUCAGCAGCAUGUGAACAAGGGUUUAACUCUCAGGAGUUUGUACACGUGUGUACAUGGCUGUCAUCAAAACUUCACCAAUACUGUGAUGCCAAGGAUCAGAAAUCAGAAAUGACAGACGAUCCUGAGAAGGCAAAACUGGAAAUAAGCAAACUAUUGAAAGAGCUGUCCUGUCCAUACAAGGGGCUUGAUGGGGAACUGAAGACCAAAAAGCAACAUCUGAAAAUCCUUUUGUUUUUAGUAUCAGAACUUCAGGCCACACAGAUUACAACAAGCAGAAGAGAAAAAUGUAAAGACACAAAGGUUGAGAAAAAGACUUCGUCUCUUCAAGACCUCCAAGCAGUUUGCAAAGUGCUGAAACUCCCAGAGCCAGAACAACAGCAGACAACAGACUUAUUUUCAUCUAUAGAAAGUGAGAUAAAAGUUUUGCUGAAGAAAGUUCCAGAAAAGCACAUUGGAAAACCAGUGUUAAAGGAGUCUCUUAACAGUGAGCAGUGGAGAAAGCUGGAGAAGAUAAACAGUGUUCUUUUGGCAGACUAUGAGUGUCGUCGGCGCAUGCUGAUCAAGCGGCUGGAUGUUACUGUGCAGUCUUUCGGCUGGUCAGACAGAGCCAAGGCAAAAACUGACACAAUGGCCAGGGCCUAUCAGCCCAAGAGACAUUCACUGACAUUAAAGUCAUCGGUAAGCCUUGCUCACCUCCUGGCAGCACGAGAAGAUAUCUGCAACAUGGUGAAGACCAGCAGUGAGUCCUGCAGGAAGAGGACGGCCUGCGCUGUGAACAAGGUGUUGAUGGGAAGGGUUCCUGAUCGAGGAGGAAGACCCUCAGAGAUUGAAGCUCCUCCCCCUGAGAUGCCACCCUGGCAGAAGCGACAGGACGGAGGAGGAAGAGGAGGCGGAUACAGAGGCGGUGGAUACGGAGGAGGAGGACGUGGAGGUGGUGGCUACGGAGGUGGUGGCUACGGAGGUGGUGGCUACGGAGGUGGUGGCUACGGAGGUGGUGGCUACGGAGGUGGUGGAUAUGGAGGUGGUGGACAUAGAGGAGGAGGUGGUUAUGGAGGUGGAGGAUAUGGAGGAGGCGGACAUAAAAGUGGUGGACAUGGAAGCGGUGGACAAGGUGGAGGACGACGCCAGGGGGGAUAUUAUCAGCGUUAAAAGGAUGUCCUUUGUGAUGAAAGCUAAGCACAAUGUUAAAAUGAAAGUGUAUAUGAUUAGGCUGCUUUUGGGUAUCCACCACAGAAUUUCCGUUUUUUACAAUUAUAUUGAAAAGAAUGAGACAGGAUUCAUUAAGCAUAUUUAAAUCAGUCAGAUGCAUCGACUGAGACGAAAGGGCAAGAAGGUCAUAGAGGAAAGGUAAUGAUCUGCCACACAUCUUUUUUUUUUUUUUUUUUUUUACAUGGAAAAUAGGAACAAUGAGAAGCAUGUCUGCAGUACCAUGUCGGUUUUCAGGUACACAUUCACUUUUUAAAUCAUCUUUAAUAUUAUUUGUGUGCACUUUUUAUGUUGUUUAUUAACCAGAUUUGUCUGAUGGAUCCUAAGGAUUAGCAUUGUGUUAUAUUAGAUUAAAAUAAUGAAGGCAGUAACAGUGCAACAUUUCUUCCAAAUAAAGCUGCUGUACUCUAGCACCUCUGCAUGUGACCUUUUUUUUAAAUAUAGAAUGGUGCUGAUGCUUUCUAUUUUACUUUGUUCAAUUAAGUAGCAGAUCGAAUUAGUAAAUUUCUUGUAUGGUGUUUCCUUUAUAUUAUUAUUUUAAUAGAAAUGUGACCCAAAUUGUGCUAGUUGCAGUAGAAGAUUUGUGUAGACAACACUUUAUACUAAUUUAUAGUUACACUAAUUUAUAGUAUUAUCUUUUAUUUCAUACAUACAAGGACUCUGACAAAACCUCUAAUAGUAUUGCACCAUGGAGUGCUCUCAAUUAGGUAUAUAAACUGAUAAAAAAAAAUGUCUAAAAGAACCCUGUCUUUAUGAUUCUAGCAUUUAAAAUACUUUGUUCACACAGCAUCAAGUGUCAGAUUUGAAGAAUGCAGUCAGCAGCAUUUCCGUUAUUUAAGUGUCAAGAAAAGCUUCUUUAGACACAGCAUGUAGAGGUGUAAAGAGCUGAUCCUAACAGACAACACAAGAUCAUGCUGGGUUCAAAAUCGGAUGUAAAAGUAUUUGAACCUGACCUACUUCUGAGGCCCAAAUGGUUCACUACUCCCUAUAAAUAAUAAUAGAUAUUAACCACCUGUACAGUGCAUGGAAUAUUUAAUAAUAAAGG